CUCCCCCCUAUAUAUUAUUCACACAUACGGAUCAUACCUCUAUAUCCAUACACACCAUAUUCCCUCUUUCUCUUUCUCUUUCUCUUUCUCUCACAUUAAAGCAACCAUUCACAGCUCACAAACACAGCAGCCUGCCAGCUACUCUACACACCUUUUCUCUUCCGGAUCAAAAUGGCGCCCGCAGCAGUUGAUUUUGAUGGAUCUUCGUCUUCAUCGAAGACGGUUUGUGUAAUGGAUGCUGGUGGAAGUUUAGGAUCUGCACUUGUGCAUCGUCUUCUUCAAAGGGGUUACUUCGUUCAUGCUGCAAUUAACAGUCAUGUGGAGAUGCAAUCUAUGGAGAGAACGAUUGUAGACAAGAAGAAAUUGAGAGUGUUUUACACAGACCCGUUGGAUUAUCACAGUAUAGUGGAAGCUUUGGAAGGAUGUUGCGGAUUGUUUUACUCAUUUGAACCUCCAUCUGAUCAGCCUUCUUAUGAUGAAUUGAUGACGGAAAUGGAGGUAAGAGCAGCUCAUAACGUGUUGGAAGCGUGUGCUCAAACCGACACCAUUGACAAAGUGGUGUUUACUUCAUCUGCGACUGCCUUAAUUUGGAGAGACCCGACUGAUUCAUCAUCUUCUUCGCCUGAUUUUGAUGAACGGAAUUGGAGCAAUGUCAAUUUCUGCAAGAAAUUUAAGUUAUGGCAUGGAUUAUCAAAAACAUUAGCUGAAAAGACCGCAUGGGCCCUAGCCAUGGACCGCGGGGUAAGCAUGGUGUCCAUAAACGCUGGAUUAUUGCUGAGCCCUGAUCUCACGAUCACACACCCGUACUUAAAAGGCGCAGCUGAGAUGUACAAAGAUGGGAUUUUUGUUACGGUUGACAUCAAAUUUUUGGUAGAUUCUCACAUAUGUGUUUUCGAAGAAAGUUCAGCUUAUGGUCGAUAUUUGUGCUUCAACCAUGUCAUUAACUCCAAUGAAGAUGCUAUGAAGCUAGCUCAAAUCCUAUUACCUUCCGAUGUCUCCUCACUUCCACCAAGUAUGAUGGUGGGGGAGAGCAUGAUGGUGUCACAAAGAAUAAGUAACAAGAAGAUCAACAAACUCAUGGUUGACUUUGAGAGUGAAUGUCAUAUUUGACAUAGAAGAUUGGACAUAUUAUAGAUUAGAUCGGAAUAGAUGAUUUAAUCAAGGGUUAAAACAAAUUAAAAGUGCACAUGAUAUGGGUUAUAAUAUCCAAACCCCAUUUAAGCUUAUAUAUAUAGUUUAAUAUUCUUUUAUAAUGCAUUAUCUUCACUUGAUAAUCAAGAUCAAGAAAGAUUAUGCAAUCUUUUUGUGGGAAAUGAUCUCAAAAUAUAUAUGCAAUGGAUUUUGUGCCGAAA